CUGAAGCGUAUAAAUUUGAACUGCAAACCAAAAACGAAACUGCGUAAUUUAUGGUAAAUACGGUCGGUGCUUUUAUACACAUGGCAUGGUAAACAUGCUAUAACGCUGCCUAAAACUAUAUACUCCAUGGUAUAAAGCGCAUAUUAACUCUGCAAAUACGCUAAAGCGAGAAGGAAUCGAAAAUGUUAGCAAACUAUAAGUUCAGUUUUCUGAGCAUAAAACAGAUAUUUAAUGUCAGUCCAAAUGGCGCAAAGUAGUUAAAUUUGUUGGUAGAACUCGUUACAAUUGUCGAUAGUUGCUCUGCGAUAAAAAGCGACACUUUCCGAAAUCCGAAAUCACCUUUUGCCAAUCAAAAUAGUUCAGAUUUUUCGGCCUCCAGAAUUUCAUAUCAACUAAGCUUGACUCUACAGGAAAAGUCUUUGUUUUAUCCACUUUCGAACUGAAGCAGCUGCUUUGACUUUUGGUUGCAGAAGUUAUGUUCUCGAUCAAAUUAUGACUUGGCCUGUUGCGCAUUCCUUUCAUUCAACCAAGUAACAAGGGACAUUUUGCGGAACUUUAUCUUCGCUUGCAGUGUGCUUAAUCAUUUGAUAUCUGGAAGUAGAUUUCGUCCAUUCAGAAAUAUACCAACGGAGUGGACAGUCUUGCUAAUUCAGACUUACCAAUAGCGGAACUGGGCGCUCAAUCAACAUCGAUAUCUAGACAGUUGGCUUUUCAGAUCACACAUUGCUGGCGGCUUUUACAAGUCGGAUUUAGUUCAAAAUGAGGAGAAAUAGUGGUUUCUCAAUCGGGCGCAAAUUGACCUCAUCCGCCCUUCCUCCGCCUUUUUUUUUGACCUUUGUGCUGUUUGUUGUCUGUGUGAGCCCCGCUCUUGCAUCCGAUAAUACAACUACUAGUGAGCCCAUAUAUGGAAAGUGUGACCCUAACGCACCCAAAGAGGACUGCAGCACGGGGGAAUCAUACUGCCACAAUGGGGCACGCCUGGGGCGGAGAUCUCGACUGCCACUAUGAUUCUCAGAGCGACUGUCUACUUCCUAGGCCUCUGCUACAUGUUUCUCGGAGUGUCUCAAAUAGCCGACUUGUUCAUGGAGGCGAUCGAAGUGAUCACUUCGACAACUUCAGUCAGAGUCGUGAAAACAUCUUCAGGCGAGUACAAAGAAAUCGAAGUGCAAGUCUGGAACGAAACUGUCGCGAACUUGACUUUGAUGGCACUCGGCUCUUCGGCUCCCGAGAUUCUACUGUCGGUGAUUGAGAUUUGCGGCAACAAUUUCGAAGCGGGAGAUCUAGGGCCGGGCACAAUUGUCGGCUCAGCGGCCUUUAACUUAUUCGUCAUCACAGCAAUAUGUGUGGUUGUUAUCCCAAAUGGCACGGGGAAAAGUGUGAAGAACUUCGGAGUGUUCACGUGUACUGCAGCGUGGAGCAUUGGCGCGUAUAUUUGGUUGUACAUGAUGAUCGCCGUCAUUUCAAAAGAGAAGGUGGAUUGGUGGGAAGGUCUCGUCACUCUUCUACUGUUCGGAGCAUUCAUCCUAAUGUCCUACACGAUAGACAGGAAGAACGAGGCCUGUGCUCUGGGCUUCCGAUACGUCGGCAUCUACGACCCCGAGGAUCAGGACGCGACUGUUGCAGUUGCUAACGGGGAGGGAGGAUCGGAAAAAAUACCUCUUAACGAUGUUGAAAAUGGGGCAGCGGUUGACAACAACCGGGCCGACUGUGCGUCACCAGGUUCCGUCAGACUGUCGAAUAUCGUGAAACAGAAAAUGUCGACAAAGGAGAAAAUCAUGGCCCGAGUGAAAGAAGUCGCCGACAACAACCCUGCAGAUCCCGACUCGUGGUUCAAGAGUGUCGACUCGCAGCUGAGUCAAAUCAUUUUCUACGGCAAGUCGCGAGCUUAUUUCCGAAUUCAUAAAACCGACGUCAACAAUCAAACUCGCAAGUACCGAAGAUUUCUGGAGGAUGCCGUGAAUCAGCUACGCGACAUCAAAAAAGACUCGGCGACCCGAAACGUCGUGUUUUGUGCCGACAAGAAAGUUAAGUUUCCCGAGUCGUGUGGAAAGGGAAAAGUGGUGAUUGAAAGAGCAGGUCCGUUCACUGAAAAGGCGACAACUAAAGUGCAUUACGCGGUAGUAGAGAGCGAAUCAGCGACGAACGCGGCAACAGCCACGAAGGAUUUCGAAACUUCCGAGGGAUGGCUUGAAUUCGGUCCUGGCGAGAGUGAGAAGACGAUUGAGGUGGUCAUCUAUGACGACCCCGACUUUGAGGAGGACGAGGAGUUUGUGGUGAAGCUAUUCGACAUCCAGGAAACCCUCUCCGACACAGUCCCCAAAAACUACAUG